AUGAGUCAAAGAGCCACGUCGUCCUCCAGAGAGGAAUACCUUUCCCAUGAUGAAGUAUUGGCCAAUUCCAUGCCAGGUGGUGUUCGUGCUAUUCCAAAACUUGCAAGAGCUCAUACCAAAAAUUCAAAUCCUUUUGAAGGGAAAACCCCUGAUGUUCAUGAAAUAACUAAUGAUUUGGAGAGUAUCAAGUCUAAAGGAAAUAAUGGGAAACCUUCUUGGGGUAAAAGAUUUACAAAUUUCUUUAGAGUUCAACCAAAUGAUCCUGCUAUUGUUAAAGUAUUGAAAAAAUACUUAAGAUUCGUUGGACCAGGUUUAAUGAUUUCAGUUGCUUACAUGGAUCCUGGUAAUUAUGCUACUGCAGUUUCAGCUGGUGCUCAAUCACAAUUCUCAUUGUUAUUCAUUGUUUUAUUAUCAAAUAUUUUUGCUAUUUUUUUACAAGCAUUAUGUAUCAAAUUGGGGUCUGUCACUGGUUUAGAUCUUUCAAGAGCUUGCAAAGAAUAUUUACCUCCAUGGUUGAAUUAUAUCAUCUGGUUCUUCGCAGAAUGUGCCAUUAUCGCUACAGAUGUUGCAGAAGUUAUUGGUACAGCUAUUGCAUUGAAUAUUUUGUUAAAAAUACCCUUACCAGCUGGUGUUGUUAUUACAUGUUUAGAUGUUUUAUUUGUCUUGAUGGCUUAUAGACCGGGUUCUUCAUUAAGUUUUGUUAGAAUGUUCGAAUAUGCAGUUGCAUUAUUAGUUUUCUGUGUUGUUAUUUGUUUCUGUGUUGAAUUAGGGUUAAUGCCAUCUAUUGAUGCUCGUCAUAUGUUUAGAGGUUUUGCACCAUCUAAAGAAAUGUUUGAAAAUAAUGGGAUGUAUACUGCUUGUUCCAUCUUGGGUGCUACUGUGAUGCCUCAUUCUUUAUUUUUAGGUUCAGGUCUUGUUCAACCAAGAUUAAGAGAAUAUGAUGUUGAAAAUGGUUACGUUAAAUUACCAUCAGAUGAAGAUUCUGAAAAUCAAGAAGAUGCAGAUGAUUUAUUAUUCAAGUAUAGACCAACUUUGAAAGCUAUUAAAUACGCAAUGACUUAUUCAAUUGUGGAAUUAGCAAUCACUUUAUUCACAUUUGCCCUUUUUGUUAAUUCUGCCAUUUUGAUUGUUUCUGGUGCUUCACUUUUCGGUACAGAAGAAGCAUAUGAUGCUGAUUUAUACACCAUUCAUGAUCUUUUAUCUAAACAAGUUGCUCCAAUUGCAGGUACCAUCUUUAUGAUUGCAUUAUUAUUCUCUGGUCAAUCAGCUGGUGUUGUUUGUACAAUUGCAGGUCAAAUUGUUUCUGAAGGUCAUAUUCAAUGGAAAUUAAAACCUUGGAAAAGAAGAAUUGUCACUAGAUCUAUCUCAAUAGUUCCAUGUUUGGUUAUUAGUUUAAGUAUUGGUAAAAGUGGGUUAGCUGCUGCUUUAAAUGCUUCACAAGUUGUCUUAUCAAUUCUUUUACCUUUUUUAACAGCUCCUUUAAUCUAUUUCACUUGUAAAAAAUCAAUUAUGAAAGUGGAAGUCCCAAUUGAUGAAGAUGAGCAAGUUGAAAAUAAUUUUGAACUAACAAGUGUUGUUGCAAAUGGUGAAAAUUCUGGUCAAUUGGAAUCUAAUGUUUCAUCAUCAGAUGAUAAUAGAUGUACAAAAUCAGUUAAUAUGGCUAAUAAUUGGAUCACUUCAACAAUUUCAUUCUUGAUUUGGUUAUUUAUUGCUGUCUUGAAUGUUUAUAUGAUUGUUAAAUUAGGUUUGAGUGGUGGUGAGGUUUGA